AUGCCCCCGGUGACCCCUUAUCAAUCUGCCCGAAUCAUGGUGCCAGGCUACACAGAACCACUUAAUCAUUUUGAAAUUAAUGAACAUCAGAAAGUUUUUCAUAAGUACUCAAACACUUCUUUGCACAAACAUGACCAUACUGGAGAGAAACCUUAUAAAUGUGAUGACUGUGGAAAGUCCUUUGGUAAGUCCUCACAUCUUCAAUGUCAUAGGAGAACCCAUACUGGAAAGAAACCUUAUAAAUGUGAUGAAUGUGGAAAGUCCUUUGUUCAUUCCUCCAAUCUUCAACGUCAUAGGAAAAUCCAUACUGGAAAUAAACCUUAUAAAUGUGCUGACUGUGGAAAGUCUUUUGUUAAUUCCUCCAAACUUCAAUGUCAUAGGAGUACCCAUACUGGAGAGAAACCUUAUAAAUGUGAUGACUGUGGAAAGUACUUUAGGGAUGGAUCAUCUCUUCAUGUUCAUCGGAGAAUCCAUACUGGAGAAAAACCUUAUAAAUGUGAUGACUGUGGAAAGUCUUUUGUUAAUUCCUCCAAACUUCAAUGUCAUAGGAGAACCCAUACUGGAGAGAAACCUUAUAAAUGUGAUGAAUGUGGAAAGUCCUUUUUCCAGUCCUCCCAUCUUCAAUGUCAUAGGAGAACCCAUACUGAAGAGAAACCGUAUAAAUGUGAUGAAUGUGGAAAGUCCUUUUUCCAGUCCUCCCAUCUUCAAUGUCAUAGGAGAACCCAUACUGGAGAGAAACCUUAUAAAUGUGAUGAAUGUGGAAAAUCCUUUCUCCAGUCCUCCCAUCUUCAAUGUCAUAGGAGAACCCACACUGGAGAGAAACCGUAUAAAUGUGAUGAAUGUGGAAAGUUCUUUUUCCAGUCCUCCCAUCUUCAAUGUCAUAGGAGAACCCAUACUGGAGAGAAACCUUAUAAAUGUGAUGAAUGUGGAAAAUCCUUUCUCCAGUCCUCCCAUCUUCAAUGUCAUAGGAGAACCCAUACUGGAGAGAAACCUUAUAAAUGUGAUGAAUGUGGAAAAUCCUUUCUCCAGUCCUCCCAUCUUCAAUGUCAUAGGAGAAUCCACACUGGAGAGAAACCUUAUAAAUGUGAUGAAUGUGGAAAGUCCUUUGUCCCAUCCUCCCAUCUUCAAUGUCAUAGGAGAAUCCAUACUGGAGAGAAACCUUAUAAAUGUGGUGGCUGUGGAAAGUGUUUUAGUGAUGUCUCAUCUCUUCAUGUUCAUCAUAGAAUCCAUACUGGAGAAAAAACUUAUAAAAGUAAUGACUGUGAAAAAUGCUUUAGGAAUGGCUCAUCUCUUCAUGUUCAUCAGAAAAUCCAUACUAGAGAUAAACCAUAG